CCACCCAGAACGGAAGUUCCUGAGCCUUCACACCCGCGGGAAACAACUCGGCAACGGACCAAGAUGGCGGCGCCCAGUGAGGGGCCAGCGUUUGCCGCGGGGGUCGAAAAAAAUUGGAGUGCAAUUGUUCGCUCCCCAGAAGGGACUCCCCAAAAAGUUCGGCAGCUGAUAGAUGAGGGGAUUGCCCCAGAAGAGGGAAGCGCCGAAGCAAAGGACACAUCUGCCACAUUCCAGCCAGUUAAUGGAUCACCCCAAGCAGAAGAACCUCCGUUGGAAUCUACAAGCAAAGAAGCCUUCUUUAGCAGAGUGGAAACAUUUUCUUCUUUGAAAUGGGCAGGUAAGCCCCCUGAGCUCUCUCCACUGGUCUGUGCGAAAUACGGCUGGGUCACAGUUGAAUGUGAUAUGCUGAAGUGCUCCAGCUGUCAAGCUUUUCUCUGUGCCACUUUACAACCAGCUUUUGAUUUUGACAGAUAUAAGGAACGAUGUGCUGAGCUGAAGAAAGCCUUGUGUACUGCCCAUGAGAAGUUCUGUUUCUGGCCAGACAGCCCCUCUCCAGAUCGAUUUGGGAUGUUGCCUUUGGAUGAGCCUGGUGUUCUUGUUAGUGAAUUCUUAGAUCGUUUUCAAAGCCUUUGUCACUUGGACCUCCAGCUUCCUUCCCUGAGGCCAGAGGACUUAAAAACUAUGUGCUUGACAGAAGACAAGAUCACUCUUCUCCUGCACCUGCUUGAAGAUGAACUUGAUCAUCGAACUGAUGAGAGAAAAACUGCAAUCAAAUUAGGCUCUGACAUCCAAGUCCACGUCACUGCCUGUAUUCUUUCCGUGUGUGGCUGGGCGUGUAGUUCUGCUCUGGAGCCCGUGCAGCUCUCCCUGAUAACAUGUUCACAGUGCAUGAGGAAGGUGGGGCUCUGGGGCUUCCAGCAGAUGGAAUCCCUGGCCGACCUGGAUGCCUCCUUCGGGCUGACCAGCUCCCCUGUCCCCGGCUCCGAGGGCCGGCCCGAGCGCUUCCCUCUGGUGCCUGAGUCUCCCCGGAGGAUGAUGACUCGGAGCCAGGAUGCCACGUUUUCCCCAGGCUCAGAGCAGGCUGAAAGGAGCCCAGGUCCCAUUGUCACCCGAACUCGGAGCUGGGACUCUUCCAGUCCUAUUGACCGUCCUGAGCCUGAGGCCGCUAGCCCCACCACCAGAACCCGCCCAGUGACCCGAAGCAUGGGCACAGGAGACACUGCUGGCCUGGAAGUGCCAUCUAGUCCUCUUAGGAGAGCCAAACGAGCUCGCCUCUGCUCCUCCAGCAGCUCGGACGCGUCUCCCCGAGGCUUCUUCGAUCCCACCUCUCAGCACAGAGACUGGUGCCCUUGGGUGAACAUCACACUUGGCAAAGAAAGCAAGGAGAGUGGUGGAGCUGAGGUGGAUGCCAGCACCCCUGCAGAGCCGGGCUGGAGGGCAGUGCUGAACAGCCUCUUGGCCCACAAACAGUCUAACCAGCCCGCUGAAACCGACUCCAUGAGUCUGUCUGAGAAGUCCAGGAAGGUAUUCCGAAUAUUCCGGCAGUGGGAGUCUUUAUGCUCAUCCUGAAGAUAUUCCAGCCCUUCCUGCGGAGAAGUGGAAUGAGUGGCUUUGAAAAAUAAAGCCUGAGUUCCCCCUUGAGCACCUGAUGUUAAGUGUUUCUCCAUUCUGGUUUAAUCAUAAGGAACCUCUGGCUUGGCAAAGGCAUGAGUGUCACCAACGGCAUCUGACCGAGGGGAACCCCUGUGCCUGCGAGGACGUGGGCAGGGAGAGCUACAGUGACCCUGUUAGAAGAGUGUGUGGUUACGAAACGACAGAGGACCCAGGGCUCCUUAUAAAAUUCGACAGAGGACCCAGGACCUGAGCAUUUUUAGUGUCUUUAGUGACAGCAUUGCUUUGAGGACUUCUAUCCCAAGAAUAUGUCAUUAUGAGCUAAUAAAAUAUUUGUUAAGAUUCUUACA